CAGGCGAAGGCGGGAACGAGCGUAGCGUUGGCGCGAGAGGAGAGAGAUUUCAGCGAAGCGAAGUAACCGAGUGUAGCGUAUUCGAUUUUGAUUAAUACCGAAAUACGGAUUAAGACUUUCCAAGAUGGCUCAGGCUGUGCGCGGAACAGAGGAGCAAAAGAUAUUCCUUGUAUCGUACAUGGAAAGGAAUCCUGCCUUCUGCCAACGUGAGUUUCGAGGUGCCCAAGGACUCCUCGAGCUUCGUCAGAAGUGGAAUUUGUUAUCAGAAAUGCUUAACAAUGUACCGAAUGGAGCAAGAAAGACCCCGGAUCAAUGGCAAAGGUUUUGGAAUGAUCAAAGAAAAGCUGUGAAGAGCAGAGCAGCUCAAAUAAACCAGUUUCUUGGGCGAGGCACUGGUGGGGGGAGCCCUAUGCUCCUUAUGACAUCUUACGAGAGGAGGGUUUUGGCAUGCAUGGGCGGAUUUACCAGAGUUGUUGGGUUCACCCAGGUUGUUGACCCCUUGGAGGUUGACCCAAUGGCGUUUAACAUUCCUGUUCAUAAUGCCCCUCUACAAAAUGUGCAUGCUCCUCUUCCACAUGCUCCUGUUCAAAUUGCUCCCGUUCAAAAUCAUCCUCUUCAACAUGCUCCUAUUCCAUAUGGUCCUAUUCCAUAUGCUCCUCUUCAAGGAGCUCCUGUUCAAAUUGCUCCCGUUCAAAAUAAUCCUUUUCAACAUGCCCCUCUUCAACAUGCCCCUCUUCAACAUGCCCCUCUUCAACAUGCCCCUCUUCAACAUGCCCCUCUUCAACAAGCUCCUCUUCAACAUGCCCCUCUUCAACAAGCUCCUUUUCAACAUGCCCCUCUGCAACAAGCUCCUCUUCAACAAGCUCCUCUUCAACAUGCCCCUCUUCAACAUGCUCCUGAAAAUGCCCCUCAGUAUCAGCAAGGGCCAAAUGCAAUGAAUGCAUUUGAAGACAGAAUCGCAGAGGGCAUCCCACCUGCUGAACUUGAUGUUCAACCUGAAAUUGGGCGAGAGAUAGACAUGCAGUGGGUUUUGGAUCCCUCAGCAGUCCCAUCUAAUACUGUUGAAGAAAAUUAUACACCUGACUUGCUGUUCCCAUCUAUUCCUGCAUCAUUGCCCCAAGCAGCCCAGUCUGCCACUUCUGUGACAUCAAGUAUAUCAACACUUACAUCGGUUGGGACUGCUGCUCAAUUGACUGCCGUCAACAAAACUGCGCAGUCGAUGCCAUCAUGUUCUAGAGCUACAUCUCAACCAACAUUCAUGAGGAUCCAGCCACCAGUAGCUCAGUCCGCUGCAUCAACAGCUGUGAGGGCCGCUACUCAACAAACUUCUAAAGUGUCAUCCCUGACACCUGCUAGGACUGAUCUGACUCCUAAACAAACUGCGAAGUUUAUGCAACCUCAGCCAUCGUGUUCUAGAGCUACAUCUCAACCAACAUUCAUGAGGAUCCAGCCACCAGUAUCUCAGUCCGCUGCAUCCACAGCUGUGAGGGCCGCUACUCAACCAACUUCUAAAGUGUCAUCCCUGACACCUGCUAGGACUGAUCUGACUCCUAAACAAACUGCGAAGUUUAUGCAACCUCAGCCAUCAUGUUCAAAAGCCACUCCUCAACCAACUUUCAUGAGGAUCCAGGCUUCAGUGGCUCAGUCAGCUGCAUCAACAGCUGUGAGUGCCUCGAGUCAACCAAGGAUUCCUAUUUCAUUGGUUAGGCUCACUGCUCAACCAACUGCCACAGUGUCAACCCUGACACCUGUUAGGACUGCUCUGCAAAAUACUCCUAGACAAACUGUGCAAGUGAUGCAACCUCAGCCAUCAUGUUCUAGAGCCACUCCAACACCGAAGUCAAAGUUCUUAGCUAAACCGGCUGCAAAGAUACCUGCUGCAUUGUCUGUGGUGAGGUCCACUGCUCAACCAUCGUCCAUGAGGAUUCAGCCACCGGUGGCUCAGUUACCUACAUCAACACCUGAGAGGGACACUGCUCAACCAACAUUCGUCAGGAUCCAGUCUGGUCCUUCAACUCCCAUAAGGACCCCACCUGUGCCUAUUCCUCAUGCUCCUGUGAAGGUUUCUACUCCCUCUGCACCAGCUGUGUCACUGCCCUCAUCCACACCAAUGAGACCUAUGAAGAGACUUGUUGAGCCGCACAAUUUGCCACUUGAGCCCCUUCCAGCUAAAGUACAGAAAUCUUACGAGAAUAGAACUGUAAGAUCCAAUCCUGUGGCCACUUCAACUCCAGUCAAGGCAGGAAGCAGUACACUCACCACACCUGAACCAAAGGUUGUUGAUGGAUUGAAGUUUAUCAUCAUACGCAGGCCUCCCCUUGGUGAGAUUCAGAACAAGCAGCCUUCCCUCGGUGAAAUUCAGAAGAAGCAAUAA